UAGGCGAGUGAGGACCAUGUUCUCGUCCCGACCCUCUCUCAUCUCUCCCUGGAGCUCCAUGGAGGCGGACUCGGACGUCCAGCUGGAUAUCAGCACCAAGGUGCAGCUGCACGGCGUGCUGUGGAAGAGGCCCUUCGGGCGACCCUCCGCCAAGUGGUCGCGCAGGUUCUUCAUAAUAAAAGACAGCUUCCUGCUCUACUAUGCUGAAAAUGAAAAGAAGAACUUUGAGACGAACAGAUACUUCAACAUUCACCCCAAGGGAGUUAUUCCUCUGGGUGGAUGUGUGGUGACGGCAAGGGAAGACCAAGGGAUGCCGUUUUCCUUGGUGAUCAACCAUGAAGACUUCACAGGGAACAUCGUGCUGGCAGCUGAGUCUGAGGCCGAACAGAACCAGUGGCAGGAGAUGCUGCAGGACUCUGGCAAAGUCACGUGGAAGAAUGCCCAGCUAGGGGAGGCGAUGAUCGAGAGUCUGGAGGCACAAGGCCUGCAACUGGCCAAGGAGAAGCAGGAAUACCUGGACAAGCUGAUGGAGGAGACAGAGGAACUGAGUCUUCAGCGGGAACAGAAGGAGGAGCUGGAGCGACUAAACCAAAUCCUGGAGGAGGAGAAGCAGAAGUUUGAGGAGGUGGUGCACGAGCUCAGAGCAGAGCAGGAGCAGAUCAAACUGGAUCUGGAUGGCACGGCCCAGUCUCUGAAGGGAGUGGAGACAGAGAAGGCGGAGCUGCACAGCCUCACCACCCUGCUGCAGAAAUCCCUCGAGGAGCUGAACCAGGAGAAGCUUCGCACCCUGGAGCUGCUCCACAAGCAGCGGCACGAGGACCGGGAGGAUGAGGAGAGGAGCGAGCUGACAGACAACCUAAACCACCUGCAGACCAACCUGUGCCUCAUCGAGGAGCAGAUGAAGACCCUGCAGAGGGAGAAGGAGCAAGCGGAGGAGAGGCUGAAGGAGAGAGAGCAGCGUGCCUCGGUGCUGCAGGAGGAGAGGGAGUACUACUCUGCCCAGGCGCGCACUCUGCAGCAGUCUCUAACACAGCUCACCGCAGACAAGCAGCAGACAGAGGCCGAACUCAAGACGGAGAUGGAGUCCCGUGCGGAGCUGGAGGGGCGUCUAAAGCAGGCAGAGGAGGCGCUGGGCAGGCUGGAGCAGGGGCUCACUAACCUGGAGCCCACACGGGAACGCAACGAGAGGAUGAAGGGAGACGUCAGCCACCUCAAGAAGUUUUUCGAGGAAUGCAUCUGCGCUGCUGAGAUCGAGGCCAAGCUGCCGGCGAUCAUGAAGAACGCAGUUUACCUGCACAGGGCGGCCGCACGCCGCAUCAAGAGCUGCAGGAUACAGAGGAGGGCAUCCAGACAACACUGGCGUGAGUUAAAGCACUCCAAGUCGUUUGUGAUCUCGUCCGGUGAUCUGGAGUCGAGCCCGAGUCUGGAGGAGCUUCGCGAGACCGCGCGACGCCUCACCGCCUCGGACAGCGGCUUCAGACAGAAGGUCUACAAAAUACUUGCACGCCAAGACUCUCUCGAAUUGACGCGACGUGUUUAA